AGGUAGAGAGGGUAGAGUGGUAAUUUAACAUACAUGUAACUCUCUCUCUCUCAUCUCAAAUCUCAAAUAUAUAUGCGGAACUAGGGUUUACACUCAUCUUCUCCAAGAACCCUACUUUCUUACAGUCAGCGGCGCCAAGAGGAACAAACUGUUUUAGAGUUCGUUCCCAAGCAAUCAAAAAUGGUGCAGCGUCUCACUUAUCGUUCUCGACACAGCUACGCCACCAAAUCGAACCAGCACCGAAUCGUCAAAACCCCAGGAGGGAAGUUGGUUUACCAGACCACCAAGAAGAGAGCUAGCGGCCCAAAAUGCCCUAUUACUGGCAAGAGAAUUCAGGGGAUUCCUCACUUGAGACCCACUGAAUACAAGCGCUCUAGAUUGUCAAGGAACCGUAGGACUGUGAACCGUGCCUAUGGUGGUGUUCUUUCUGGAAGUGCUGUUAGGGAGAGGAUCAUUCGUGCUUUCUUGGUGGAAGAACAAAAGAUUGUGAAGAAGGUUUUGAAGAUUCAAAAGGCUAAGGAAAAGUUGGCAGCUAAAUAAGUGACAUUAUGUUGCUAAGAGUGAAAUUUUGACUUCCUUUUAAGUCGACUAUUCAAUAUUGGAACAAAAUGUUUAAAUGGUUUUACUACUGUAUUCUGUUUGCUACUUAAGUUAGUGCAAAAUUUGCAGACAAUCAAUCUUUUGAAACAUGGUAUUUGUAGUAGUUUGAUUUGAUUUCCAAGUUAUAGUUUGUUAAAUUCUUA